UGGGCCGGUGGACCCCGUAGCGCGUUGUUGUGAUCUAACAUGGCGGAGAGUAGUGUUGUGGCUGUUGAGUGUCUACGUCAAUUUUAGAAUAAAUAUCUGUGAGCUGGUAAGGCAUUUAUGACGAUGCCCAACACUUGUGUGUUACCUAUAAUAAAUUUAAAAUCCAUAAAACGCUAAAUUAAUAAGAGGUUAUAAUUGUGAGUGUAAUUAUUAUUGAUAAGUAUAUUUUUACUGUACCGCAAGACCGCUCUCUCAUCGGUUGGAUAUUUAUCGUACACAGCGGUGCGCAAGAGUAUAUAAAUUCAUCAUCAUUUUUUAGUGUGGGGGUUAUUUUCUGUCGCCCGUAGGAUAUUAUUUAAUGUUAAUUAAAUAUUUAUUAACACACAAUAUACUAUUAAAAUAAUAAUAAUUUUUAAAUAAAUAACCAUUAUUAACAAUAAUAUAAUUAUUAUUUCCCGCAAAUGAAUUUUAUGGAGUAUAAUUAUAAUUAUUAUCAUCUUAUGUGUUGUAUGUGAUUGUGUGGCAUCUUACGAUCGAGAGCGGGCUUAUGCAACAAGGCUGCAUAAAUAUACAAACCAUUGUAAACAAAAUAUUAACUCGGAUAUACACAUAAAUAUUUAAUUUUUUAUUCAUCAGUUUAUAAAUUUAUUACUUAUUUAAAGGAAAAAAAAAAAUAUACUUAUAUUUAAAUAUGAUAAAUGAUAUUAAUUAAAAAUAGUUUUUGUUGGUUUUAUAAUAUAUGAUAUAUGAUUAAUUAUUAUUUUUGAGAUACUAACGGACAUUGUGAGAUGCACGUUUGAUCAACGACAAUCACCGGUUAUAAGUAGUGUGUUAAGUACCGUUACUCAAAACUACUCUGCGAGAGCUCCUGCUACGUACGAUCGGGUAAAAAAAAUAAAAUACGCGAACACGCUCUUGUUUUAAAAUCAACCUGGCAACGUCAAGUGUACUUACGUCUGUUUGCGAAUGCAACAACGGUUGUCAGCUGUCAAGAGAAAAAAAAAAUUUAGUCAGUGUUAUUGGGUGACUGUGACGACACUGAGUACUCAAUGAUAAUAUUAGGUUUACUUGAAUGUCGUGACAAAAUAACAUUAUCAUCAUUGUCAUUAAUAUUUGGAUCAUAUAAAAAUGCCAUUCACAUAAUAAUCGAAACUACAAAGACAAAAUAGUAGUGUAUAUUUUAUUAAUAAUAAUUUUGAAAAAAAACAAAAAUACUUUACAAACGAUAAUAAAUAACGAUCCGUCUUUAUGAUGUUUGCUGUGCUACUAAAUUCUUAUAAAUAAUUUCGAGAGAAAAAACAAUUUUUAAUUUUUUAAAUUAUAAAUAUAUAUUUAUAUUUUUUUUUGUCUGUUUGAUGUAAUAGAAAUUUGUAUAGAUAAAUAAAUUGAAGACAAAGUGCAAAACGAAUUGCACUGAAAGAAAAAAAAAACAAUUGAAGUAACAGUGAUUGUAGGAAAGAGGUUAAAGGCAUGCUAGUUAGUAAACGGUAAGACAAAACAUUAAGUGUGACAAUUAACGUGCAAAAUGACUGACACAAGAAGACGAGUGAAGCUUUAUGCUUUGAAUGCUGAUAGACAAUGGGAUGAUCGUGGUACUGGACAUGUAUCAUCAUCUUAUGUUGAGAGACUUAAAGGGAUUUCAUUAUUGGUCAGAGCUGAGAGUGAUGGCUCCGUUUUAUUAGAAAGUAAAAUACAACCAGAUACUGCAUAUCAAAAACAACAGGAUACCCUGAUUGUAUGGUCGGAAGGAGACAAUUUUGAUCUUGCUCUUAGUUUUCAAGAGAAAGCAGGUUGCGAUGAAAUAUGGGAAAAAAUAUGCCAAGUUCAAGGUAAAGAUCCAUCAGUCGAAAUAACUCAAGAUAUUGUUGAAGAGUCAGAAGAUGAACGAUUUGAUGAUAUGUCUGAUUCGGCACCGCCGAUUGAAUUACCACCAUGUGAAUUAAGCCGCCUUGAAGACAUAAAUGAACUUAUUGGUAACUGUUUAUCAACACCAGUACGAAAAGAAAAAUUAGCAAUGGCAAUUGAAUCCGAGGGUUAUAUUAAAAAAUUAUUAAAUUUAUUCCAUACAUGUGAAGAUCUUGAAAAUAUUGAAGGUUUACAUCACUUGUAUGAUAUAUUUAAAAAUAUAUUCCUGUUGAAUAAAAAUGCCCUUUUUGAAGUAAUGUUCAGUGAGGAUGUUAUUUUUGAUGUGGUGGGUUGUUUGGAAUACGAGCCUUCAUUACCACAACCAAAGAGACAUCGAGAGUAUUUACGUCAAUUGGCAAGAUUUAAACAAGCAAUUCCUAUAACAAAUGCUGAACUAUUAGCUAAAAUUCAUCAAACCUAUCGUGUCCAGUAUAUACAGGAUGUAGUUUUACCAACACCAAGUGUAUUUGAGGACAAUAUGCUCAGCACACUAAGUAGCUUCAUAUUUUUCAAUAAAGUUGAAAUAGUUACUUUAAUACAAGACGAUGAAAGGUUUUUAACCGAACUAUUUCGACAAUUAACCGAUGAAUCUACUUCAAUAUGUAAACGUCGAGAUUUAGUUUUAUUUCUAAAGGAAUUUUGUAAUUUUUCACAGAAUCUUCAGCCACAAGGCAAAGAAGCAUUUUAUCGAACCCUAACGGCACUUGGUAUUUUACCAGCACUUGAAAUAACAUUAGCAAUAAAUGAUGCCCAAACUAAAACAGCCAGUAUAGAUAUACUGACAUAUAUUGUUGAAUAUUCACCUAGUGUUGUUAGAGAUUAUACAUUACAACAAAUAAAUAAUACUGAGCAAGAUCAGAUGUUAAUAAAUGUUAUUGUAGCUCAACUUGUUGGUGAUACAGAUCCAGAGUUAGGUGGUGCUGUACAACUUGCUGGUGUUUUACGUUUAUUACUUGACCCUGAAAAUAUGUUGGCUUCUGUCAAUAAAUCUGAGAAGACUGACUUCCUAAAUUAUUUCUAUAAAAACAGUAUCGUAACAUUGAUUGAACCAUUAUUAGCAAAUACUGUUGGUGAUAAACCAGUACGUGAAGAUUAUCGCACAGUACAAUUAUUAGGAUUGAUUCUUGAAUUAUUAUCAUUUUGUGUUGAACAUCACAUGUAUCAAAUUAAAAAUUGCAUUUUAAACAAAGAUUUAUUACGAAGAAUAUUAAUUCUCAUGAAAUCAACGCAUACAUUUUUAGUACUAUGUGCAUUGAGAUUUAUGCGUAAAAUAAUUGCAUUAAAAGAUGAAUUUUAUAAUAGACAUAUUAUAAAGGGUAAUUUAUUUGCACCUGUAUUUGAUGCAUUCGUAAGAAAUAAUGGUAGAUACAAUCUGUUGGAUUCAGCUAUACUCGAAAUGUUCGAAUUUAUUAAAUUGGAGGAUAUCAAAUCACUGUGUUCACAUGUUGUUGAAAAUUUCUCCAAAGAAUUAGAAGCAAUUGACUACGUACAAACAUUUAAGGCAUUAAAAUCAAGUGUACCAUCGAUUUUACGCAACAGUCGGUAUAGACGAGACCAACGGCAGCUAGAUGAGGACGAGGAAAUGUGGUUUAAUGAAGAGGAAGAUUUUGAUGAAGGUGAAGCUGUUGUUCCAGCUGCUGCUGCUGAUCUUGUACCACCAGCGUCUGCUAAAAAACAACCACCAAGUCCUAAUUCAGCACCCAAUCCUAUUCCUGCUGAUUCUAAAACCCAACAGCAGACUGUGUUAAAUAACAACACUGCCAAUAAUACCUCGGCAACGCAGCAAUCUCAAGUUAACAGUAGUAGUCCCACGGGGAAUGAAUCUUCGAUCUCGGCUGGAAUUAUGACCAGCUCCACGGACGAUUGUGAAAAAGCUGGAGCGACAGUUUUUAAAAAGGGAUUAGUAGAUUAUGAAGGUGACUCUGAUGAAGAUGAUGAAGAUCCAGAAUUAAAUCCUUCACCUAAAAGACAGCGCCUUGCAUAGUAAAUAAAUAAACAUCCAAGAGGAAUAAUAGUGCUAAGACUAUUGAUCGCCGUCGCUGUUCUUCCCUCUGAUAGGUUUAUACUCAAAUUGAUUUUAGAUUAUUUUGAUCUACUUUGUUUAUAUACAGUCAAUAACAAAUAGAUCAUAAUUCAAUUAUCUUAAUUAUGUAUCUAUAUAAAGAUACAUGAGUUUAAUUCCGUAAGGGGGGAAAUAUAUUUUUUAACUUUAGUGCAUCGUGGACAUUGACACAACUGUCUGUGCUAAUUUCUUGUACAGUUUAAAAACAAAAGGAGCAGCCAUACAAGAGAAUUUAAAGGAUAAUUAUAAUAUUAAUAAUAAUUAUAAAAUUAAUAAUAAGAUUAGAUCAAGAAGAAAAAAAAAGUGAAGAAGAUAAAUAUUACAAAUAAGAAUAAUUAAAUUAAGAAUUAUUAACGCGGAUGAAUUUAAGGUAGCGUUGAUUAUAAAUUUGUAAAACUCUGAAAUUUUUUUUUUCUUAAUAAUAAUUAAGAAUUUAUUACAAAAUCGCUUAUUGUACGACUAUGUUGUGUAAAGAUAUAGUAAAUUUCAACAUAAAAAUAUCAUUAUUUUAUUUCAGUGGUUUAGUAUAUUCCCAUUUAUUUAAAGUAAAAUCAUUUUUUUUAAAACUAUAUAAAUUCGUCACAAAUGCAUGGACAAUUAAUUAUUAUUCUAAUAAGUUGCUUUAUAACAAAUAGUUGAUACUUUUUAUUCGAUAUAUAUUUUUUACGAGUAUUAAUACCAAAACAAUAUUAUACUAAAUUGUGCAAAUUCUUACCUUUGUUUUUUUUUUCUUUAUAUCAUAAAAUUAAAAUUGGUAGAAAAUUAUUUAUUAACUUCUGCGGUAGCUUGAUUUAUAAAAUAUACAUAUAUAUAUAUAUAUAAGUAAGUUUAUAAUUGAGUGAUGAAUUAGUACAAAUUAUAAUUAUAUAGAGUUAUAAAAUCAACUGCCAAAAAAUUAAAGCGGUCACAUUUUUUCAUUUCUCUUCGGCUAAUGAUUUUAUUCUCCAAUAUAAUUAAAUUAAAAUUAUAAUUUUAUUCAUCACUCUUAAAUCCGUCAAUUAUAAAAUUACAUAAUUUUUUAUCAUUGUUUAUUUUUUUCUUUUUUUAUAAAUUAAAUUCAAUUAAUUGCACCGUCAUACCAAUCGAAUACUUCCGCGUUAACUGGACUAUUGUGAUAAGAUAUCGAUACUUUUUUCUUUAUUCUUUCAAAUUUGUUUUUAUUAUUAUUAUUAUUUUUUUAUUAAUUUAUAUUUUUAAAUGAAGACCAAGCCGCUGCUCCACUGUUUAAAAUAAACUUUUUCUAAAUUAAUACAAUACAAAAACAAUUGUAAGUUAGUGUACAGGUUUUUACUGGUUUAUUAUCCAUAAGGAUUAUAAAUACAUUAAAUAUAUAAAUACAUAUACAGACGUAUAUAUAUUUCAAUGUCACAGCCACAGCCAGAACGAACACGUUGGACUUUUUUUAAAGCGCUGACUGUGAAAUAUAAUUUAUAGUAAUUAAAAGUUAAAUAAUAAUGAUAAUUAAAAUAUAAACUUUAUAAUAACAAUGUGUACAUACAAUACGUGCAACCCGAUCUGAUAAAAGUCUGUAACAAAUCGAUAACGAAUAAUUAAUUAUAUAUAAUUGAAAAUAAAAUUUAACGAACACACACACAUUAACAUAAAAAUAAAUCUUCAACGUGUUUUACUGAAAUGGUAUUGAGUAAUUAUCUAAAAAUUUAAAAAAAGACUUUAUAUCAUUGGUUCGGUAAAAUUAUAAUUAUAUAGUUAAUGUGUAAAGUACAAGGCGAAUUUAAAAAUAAACUUUUUAACUUUAAAAUUAAAUAUUUAAAAAAUUAAUAACUUUAUCGUAAUAAAAAUGAUGAUUGUUAAUUUUUAUUAAAUUAAAAUUAUUAAUUAAUAGAUAUUUAGGUUUAAAGAUAAAAAGUUAUAAUUUAAGCAUCACGUAAACAAUUUAAAAGUACAUAAAUAAUUAAAAGUCUUUAUAUAAAAUCUAAUUGGAUUUAUUGGCUCAUUUUUUUUUAUAUAAAUGCUCGUAAUUAUUCAUAUCUUUAGUAAUGAUAAAUAAGUAAAAUGCGAUGGAGUGUUUUCGUGUGUAUUCGUAUAUAUAUAAGUUCAUAUAUAUAUAUGAUACAAAAUGAUUCAGACUCUGUUGCGAUUUACAAAUAAAACGUAAUUUAAAAUAUUAAUUAUCCGACGUGCGUAAAUAUACGGAAAACAAAAAAAAUUUUAUUAAAUAACAAUAAUCCAUGUACAUGUCAAAAUGAAUUUUAUUUUUGUAAAUAAUUACAAAGAUUUUUUAACUACACAAAACUUAAAAUAGUAUCAUAAGUUCAUUUUGUAAAAAGGAUCUCACUCACUUAAGGUAAUUUUCUAUAAGGCCUAAAAUUAAUUUUGGCCAUUUGAUUACGGAAAAAAAUAAUAAUAAACUAAAUAAGAUGAAAAUUUAGAUUUUUGAUAACAAUGAAAGUGAUCAAAACAGAUUUCUGAAACAUUUUGUAUACAAUACUGACCCAUUGAUCACUAUAGAUUUUACAAAUGUUACAUCGAUAUAAUUAUAAUAUUAAUUAUAACAAAAAUAACAUUACGUACAGGAUUAUCUUAUUAUCAUACUUAAAUAUUCGGUGUUUUAUAUUUUAUUAUAAUAAGUCGCAUUACUUUAUCUGGUUUAUAUUUUUUUUUUUUUUUUUUUUUUAAACAAAUAUGCAGUAUACAAAAAUUUUUUAUAGAAGAAAAAUAAACAAUUCGUGACCUUUGUAUACAACCCAACUAUAUAAAAUUAUCGAGAGUACAUCAAGUGGCGAUAGGACCAUAAAGUUAAAUUGAAAAAAAAAAAAAAAAUAAUAA